GGGGGGCAAACGUCGAACGUCGUCGCUGUUGGCGUGGACCUUCUCGUCGUCGUGAUAUUCUGCGGGCUCAGUCAUCAUGAGUGGUAUGAAAGGGGUCUUCAAGGAGGGCUGGCACCCGAAAGGCAAAGAUGGGGGUCGGGAGAGCUGGCGCGGUGACUUUAAAGGCAUCAACCAAGUGGCUGGAUGGGUAGGCAAGGGGAAGGAGAAGGAUGCUGGACGUGCGGACCAUGUCUCGCGGCCGCUCUCCUCCCUUAAGGACCCGGCGUCUUUCGGCCCUCCGCCGAAACACAUCAACUACCACGGCCCUGCGGCGGUGCCGGACCAGACCACCCCGAAUCGUCGAGGACUCGGUGCUCCGCUGGCUCCGGAGCAGAUCGAACGGCAGAACGCGGAGCGACAGCAGGAGGAGGAGGAAAGGGCAGCGGAGGAGGCGGCGCAAAAGGCCGCUGUUCCCCCGUUGCCGUAUCGUGCGAACCGCACGGGGCUGACUACGACGAACCUCCCCCCGCCUCCGGUGAGACGGGUUGAUUCCCCCGUUGGUUCCCCCGUUGAGUCCUUGGGGACGAGGCCGAGACCAAACGUUCCACCCCGACUACCUGCACGUACCAAUUCCAUUCCUUCGCAGUCUCCGUCUCCGCCGCCGGCAUAUUCGCAGACGCCAGCGCCUCCCUCCCGGUCACAGAGCUACAUAAAUGAGAACGCGGUGAACCGUCUGACCCAAGCGGGGGUAUCAGUGCCUGCGUUGGGGAUCGGGAGCCGGGGAAGCAAUGCGGCGUCACCUGUUAGUGCGCAGGCUCCAGUCAACGAGCUCCAGUCUCGGUUCACACGCUUGAGAACAACGGAGUCGAACCCCCCUGCGGAAGGAACCACUCUGGCAGAGAAGCAGGCGGCCGUGAACACAGCGCAGAAACUGCGCAGUGACCCAUCCUCCGUUUCUGCGGCGGAGGCGCGGAGCGCUGCCUCCACCGCCAACAACUUUCGAGAGCGACACAACGACACCAUCCAGGCCGGGAUGCGCAAGCUCAACGGGAUCAACGAUAAGUACGGCAUCACAAAGAGGUUCAACAACUUCAUCGAGGAAGGCAAGGCGCCCGCCGACUCGGGCGCGGCAGGCCAGCCGCCUCCACCACCUCCACACCCGAACCGAUCCAGCUCGAGUGUCGACCUGGAUGCCCUGAACCGAAGAAAGCCUCCGCCGCCGCCACCACCACCGAAGAAAUCGUCGAUGCGCGCGGCGCCCGUCAGUCCGCCGCCACCGCCGCUGCCGCUGGGGACCAAACCUCGCUGACCGGUUGCCUCUCUGUACAUUUCUGGACCAUCUACAGUUCUAAUCGCAGCUAUCUACAGUUCUAAUAACAAGCAGAACAUUUUAUCGCAUUUUUAACCGCAAUUCUCAUUAUUAUGUAGUAAGAAUCUAUGGCCCACUUCAUCGCCACAAGCCUCGGCC